AUGACGCCGAAUCUAAGAUGUGCCUUUGCGCAGGGAUGGAGAUCGAUUAGGUCUCGCCGCAGUUUUUCUUCAUCGCCUGGUAGCAGAGGAGAGAAGAAACAAGACCUCCUCGCGGCGGCUUUGGUUCAGUCUAAGAAGAGUAUCUCAUAUGUGGUUACUGGAUUUGGGAUUUACUGUUUUUACGAUUUCACCCAUCUGUAUUCACUCGUAUCAAAGAGGAAAAAAAAGUUAGCUCUACUCGCCGAAGAAAAAGAAAUAAUGAGUCAGAGGAAAAAGUCUGUGUAA